AUGCAGGGUUUUAACAUGGGACGAUAUGUCCCACCGGACCAAGAAGGCCUCACCUCCGCGAACAAGUUAGCAGGCAAACACCCGCUCGGCGCCCGCGCCCGCCAUCUUCACACAACCGGUGCUCUCAUCGUGCGAUUUGAAAUGCCCUUCGCAGUCUGGUGCACAACAUGCAAACCCCAUGAAACAAUUAUCGGACAAGGCGUACGCUUCAACGCUGAGAAGAAGAAAAUCGGCAACUAUUACUCUACGCCGAUAUACAGUUUCCGCAUGAAACAUACAGUAUGUGGUGGGUGGAUUGAGAUCAGAACGGAUCCAGAAAAUACAGCAUAUGUUGUUCAUGAGGGUGGGAGGAAAAGGGAUACGGGAGAAGACAAAGAACUUCAGCCUGGAGAAUUUGCCAUUCGCAUGCCGGGUUUGGAGCAGGAUCCCGCAGAAAAAGAUCCCUUUGCGAAGAUUGAAGGGAAAAUCGAGGAUAAAAUGCGGGCUAGUACAGAGGCUGGUCGGAUUUUGGAUUUACAGGACAGACAGAGUCGGGAUUGGGAUGAUCCGUAUGCCCAGUCGAAGAGAUUGAGGAAAACAUUUCGAACCGAGAGGAAAGGGCUGGAGAAGCUGGCGACUAAUCGGGAAGCGCUACAGGAUAAGAUGAGCUUGGGUAUUGAGCUUGUUGAUGAGACAGAGGGGGAUCGAAGAAGGGCUGGAAUGAUUGACUUCGGUCAAGAUGAGACGUCUGCUGUUGGCGUUGAAGCUGCACGGAUAACCCGUACAAGGCCUAUGUUCGAGCAACAGCCUGCGAAGAACACACAGAAGCGCGAUCGGAAGGGCGACAAGAGUACUCGACGGUCAGUUAAUCAGCUUGCGCAGCGAAAAGUUUCCCUGCAGCAUGAGUUGACUGGUAAUACACGGGCUGUCGUGGAUCCGUUUUUGAAUGAUGUGAGCGAUACUCAAGAUAUUUGGAAACCCGGUGUGAAGCGAAAGAAGCCUACAAAUUCUUCAACAACGCCUACUCCUAAAGAUGAUACGGAGGCCCUCAGUAGAGGCGAUUCGUCGACUGCGAAGGCUGCGGCGCCUAGUCCAGCAGAUAGGCGUGUUUCUCACGAGCCGCCGGUUUUAUCAAAAUCCGCGUUGGUGAACUAUACUUCUGAUUCAGACGAUGACUAG